AUCAUUGGCUGAGAGGAGUUAAAUGGGAGCGCUGGGACUCCUCCUACUUCCCUGUCUACUCAAAAGCACUGGUGAAAGCAGCCGAGGAGUGAAAAGAGAAGGAAAUGUGCAUGUAGAGUUUCUGAAACGGCAGAGAUAGUCACAGAGUUUCAUUCACAGGAAGCUGUCAGGCAGAUUGAUCGCUCAGACGUACAGCAAACAUGGCCUCCGUCGCUCCCUUCAGCCGCAGGCAGUGGGCGUCCCAGUCACUGAGGGUCACCGCCAAGGAGCUGUCCAUCGUCUCUGCGGGUAAAAACAACGCCAUCGCAGAGCGCUUCUCCAAGUACCAGAUGGCAGCAGAGGAGGGCAACACAGAGAAGAAGAAAACGGUUGCAGAACCUCCGCUCAGUGGGAACCUGAGUGUUUUAAAGAAACGCUGGGAACAACAACAACAGCAGCCGCAGCCGUUGUCGUCCAACCCUCAGACCUCCAUCAGUCAAUCACCAGGCCCAAAACCUGCGCCCAGGUCACAGAUCAAGGCCCAGUCUGACACCCUGAAAACCACCAGGCUCUCGCAGGACCACGACGCUGAGCCGGAGGCACCGGUUCACUCUGAGAUCAGUGAAUCCACCUCCAACGGGCUCCAGUCAGCUCAGCCCGAGGAUCUGACCGACAUGGAGGCGAAGCCCAGCAGAGAUUCGGAGGAGCAGGAGGGAGCAGCAUCAGCUGAAGUGCCCGACUGCGAGAAACCGAGCGUUCCCCUCAACAGCCUGAAGAUGAUGUUUGAGAAGGGAGAGAACCUGAGCGACAAGGUGUCCAGGGAGCAGACAGGUAGAGGUAACAACGGUAACACUGCCAACAUGGACCCGCUACUAGGAGAUGGAAGCCUUGCAGAGUCCACUCCUCUCCGGGACAGGAUGGCCCUCUAUCAAGCUGCCAUCUCCAAACAGGAUGUCCCUCCCACCUCAGUCAGUAGUGAUCCGCUGGACAGUUUCUGUGGAAAGCAGAAGGAGAACGUCCCCCCGUGCACUCUGGACAUGAGUCCAGAGUCUGAACCAAACAACAGGAAGGGUUUUACUGCAGAGAGCAACGGUUCUGGUCCUGGAACCCCAGCAUCCUCCAUUCACAAAGACUCUCCUCAGCCCAAGACGCCCAGAAGCUUCCGGCUGCCGGUGAGGGAGACCUGCGUGUCGUGUCGGAAGACGGUUUAUCCUCUGGAGAGGCUGGUGGCCAACCAGCACGUCUACCACAGCUCCUGUUUCCGCUGCUCGCACUGCAACACCAAGCUCAGUUUGGCGAACUACGCCUCCCUGCACAACAACGUCUACUGCAAGCCGCACUUCUGCCAACUCUUCAAGGCCAAGGGCAACUACGACGAGGGCUUCGGCCACCGGCCCCACAAGGAGCUGUGGGAGAGCAAAGGCGAGGGCGGUGAGACGUCACCGCAGUCCAACGCUCAGACCAAGCUGGUGAUCCGGAGUCCGGCCCCGGCCUCAGACCUGGAAAGCCCCAGUGUGGAAGACUCCCCGCUGGCCAAAGUCAACGUGCUGAUGGCCACUAUGGAGGCUCUGGGACAGGGAUCGUCAGAGAAGGCCGACAGACCCACAGAGACCCGCCGGCUGAAAAUCUCCUGGCCGCCACGCACAGAGCCGGAGGACAGCGGCACUGGAGCCGCAGCAACCACAGAGGGGGGCUCUGCUGGGAAGCCCAUCAGAGCCAAGUGGCCACCAGAGGAGGACUCCCCCUCCUCACCCCCUGAACAGGCCAGAGAGAUGUCCUCCCUGCGCCGGAGCUCGUCCCUGAAGGAGCGCAGCAUGCCCUUCAUGCUGGCAGGACAAACCGGAGACACUCCUGCUUCUGAGGCCAGAAGAGAGAGUCCGCCUCCACCUGUGGACGACCGGCAGCUCAGCCCCGAACCCUCGAGCAUGGAGCUGCAGCACGGCGGCCAGUCGUCAGACAGCCAGACGCCCACCGAGGACAGCUGUGUGGACGUUCACACCAGCUCAGGGGAGGAGGAGCAGGAGGGGGAGGAGGGGGAGACGAAGAGCGAGGACAUGACUGAACUUCAUCUCACCCAGGAGGAAGACGACGCUCCAGGAGGACAACCUGAGCAGGAGGAGGAAGACGAGGAGAAGAUGGAAGAGGAAGAAGAUGGAGGUGUGUUGGAGAUGCCAACAGAGCCCACAGCCAUCUCAUCUCCUGAGGGAGAGGUGGAGGCCUGCCGGUCAUCUCAGGAUGUGGGAUUCUGGGACAGCGAGGAGGUGGAUGAUAAAGAGGAGCAGCAGGAGGUGCUGACGGUGGAGGAAAUGAUCAAACGAAACCGAUACUACGAGGACGAAGAGGAGGAAGAGGAUGUAUAAACGGAACGAUCUGCUAACACGCUGACAGCCAUGAACGCUUACUCUGUGCCUCUGUGAACAGUUUCAGUUGAAGCCAUUCGUUCGGAGAUUCUGCCGUUUGUUUUUAAAAGUACAAUAUUUAAAAUUAUGCCCCAUGUAAUGAAUAUUUUAGAACAGAAAUCUCCAAAGGUUGUGGCACAUAGAAUAGACGUUUUAUUUUUGUGUACAUGACUGUUGUCAUUUUCUAUUUUCAGUGGCCUCGUAAUGUGUUCUGAAGACCAACCACGUGGUCUCAUUAUACCAAGACGUGGGUAAGUUUACAGCUCACGUGUCUGUCGCCACUGAACAGCCUGUUAACGGGUAGUUAGGUUUCACAGACAUGCUGAGGCCAUCGUUUUAGAAAACAGAACAUUUCAUCUGUUAUCGUUUUUAUAAAUAAUGGGGUUUGCUGGGUUUUGGACACAGUUUCUAUAGCGAAUAAAUCUGUCACUUCCUUUUCAGUCGCCAUGUGCACAGAAAAAAAAAACACUUUUGUGCUUUUCUUUUCAUUUUGUUGACUUAUAACUGGAUCUGAAUAAUGUUGUCCUGUUGUUUUUAAAACCCAGGGACCAAAUAUCCUACACUGCUACUGUUUAAAUAAAUUGUUAUAUACUUAA